CUGCACGAGAUUCUCCCUUUAUUCAAGAUGGCGGCGCCCACUGAAAACGUGGAUGAAGACAAUUUCUGUAUGGUUGAAGCCACGGUGGCCACUGGAUUUGAGCAAACAGCUAGAGAAGAAGUCAUUGAAAAGUUAAAUUUAGAUGUAAAAUGUGCAAGGGGUAAACUCAUAAUAAAAACGCCCAUAUCCUUAGUCCCCAAGAUAUUGAAACUUGGAACAAUUGAUAAUUGCCGAGUUGUCCUAAAACAUAUCAAAGGAUUCAACUUUCCCAAAGAUCAGGCUGCCAGUUUACAGAAAAUUAGAGAAUUGGUGAAAGAUGUUGAUUGGACUCAUGGUAUAACAGCAUGGAAACAAGUUUUUUCCUUUGAACAUCCUAUUAAUACUUCUCAUGAAGAUGCCACUGGAAAUGUUGGAAUCUCAGGAACAAAAGACAAAGAAACUUUACAACAGAAAACCAGACUCCGGAAACCAAACAAAAAGGGACGGGGAAGAGAUAAAAAGAAAAAUGAAAAAGGAGCUGGGCGUCAAAAAGACAAAGUUGACCAAAAGCAUGAAAACUUGAAAGAUUCCAAAAAGUCUUCAGAAACAAAAAAGUAUGAUAAUGAAGCACCAAAAGCUAAAAUUCAAAAUGAAACAGAAUCAAAUGAAGAUUCUCAAAAGGAUGAACUACCUGAAGAUCAAGCUUCUAUCCCAGAUACUGAUGAUACCCCUGAAAGUGAUAGACAAACUGAACCUGAAGGAGCAGCAGCUCCUGCUGCAAUCGUAUCAAAAGAGGAGAGAGAGGACACAAAUGCCUCAACAAGGAACACAGAAUCUCCAACUAAAAAUGCAGACUCCCUGACAUUUGACUCAGAAACUCAAGCCAAUGACACAGAUUCUCCAAUUAAGGAGGUAGACUCUCCAGCUAAGGAACCGGACUCACCUGCUAGUGCUCAAGACAAUGACUCUCCAGCUAAGGACAAUGACUCUCCAGCUAAGGACAAUGACUCUCCAGCUAAGGACACAGAUUCUCCAAUUAAGGAGGUAGACUCUCCAGCUAAGGAACCGGACUCACCUGCUAGUGCUCAAGACAAUGACUCUCCAGCUAAGGACAAUGACUCUCCAGCUAAGGACAAUGACUCUCCAGCUAAGGACAAUGACUCUCCAGCUAAGGACAACGACUCUCUAGCUAAGGACAACGACUCUCCAGCUAAGGACAACGACUCUCCAGCUAAGGACAAUGACUCUGCUAAGGACGACUCUCCAGCUAAGGACAAUGACUCUCCAGCUAAGGACAACAACUUUCCUGCUCAGGACAAUGACUCACCUGCUCAGGAUACCAAAUCUCCAGCCAAAGAGAAAACAGAUAUUGAUCCAACUAAACCAAAGUUUCGGGUAACAUGUAAUCGAACUGGAGAGGGACAUAAAUUUGAUUCAACAAAUACUGCUUCUAAUUUUGGUGGAGCUAUUUAUAAUUAUUUUGGAUGGAAUGUCGACCUGCACAAUUUUGAUAUUGAAGUUAUUCUAAAUAUUGAUUGGGAUGAAGUUACUGUCUGCAUUGCUCUUACAAAAGAAAGUCUGCAUAGGCGUUUAUUAACAUCAUUUGGAAUGACUACACUAAGAACAACAAUAGCUUAUAAUAUGCUACGGUUAUGUGAAAUAAUGUGUGGAGAUGUCGUUUGUGAUCCUAUGUGUGGAAGCGGUAGUAUACCCAUAUCGGCAAGUGUUUCCUGGCCACGAGCUAUACACAUGUGUGGUGAAUUACAUGAAAAGGCUCUAAUAAAAACAUAUGAGAAUCUAACUAGUCUAAAUCUCAAGAAAAAGGCAAAUAAAAGACGUUUAGUUGACCUUGAUAUGUAUCAGUGGGAUGCUACCAAUCUACCGUUAAGAGAUGGAUGUGUUGAUGUCUUUAUUACAGAUCUGCCAUUUGGAAGAAGACAUUCACGAGGAAUGCCUAACCAUAAAUUAUAUCCUAUGUUAUUAAAUGAAUUGGCAAGAGUAACAAGAAAAGAAACUGGUAGAGCCUGUUUUAUUACUGAAGAUAAAAAAUGUAUGGUGAAGAUUAUUCAAGAGUCAAGAGUAUGGCAGAGAAGGAAAGUUCUGUCCAUAAAUAUGGGUGGUAUAAAUACAGGGGUUUAUUUGUUACACAGAACAAAUGAAGAUGUAGAAAAGAAGGCAGUUGUAAAUGAAGGAACACCAUACAGAAAUAAACGUCCUUUGAGCUCAACACAGAAUGGUGAGACCGAAUCUCACACUGAUGAACCCAAUUCUGAUCUUUCAAAAGACAUUGAAGCUGAAAAUAAAGAUACAGACUCAGAAGCUGAUCGCAAGAACACAGAAACUAGUGCUCAGACCUCAGAUAAUCUUCCAUCAACGACAGACUGCAGUUCUCAAGUUUCUGGUACCAAUAUCAGUUCUUCAGAAACUUCUUCACAAACCCUGGAGUCUGGUUCUCCCAGAAAGAGAGCCAAGAUAGAUAUUUCUGAAAAUGGGAGCCAAACUAUCGGUGUUGUCCAGGAUAGUCACACUUCUUCUGUUGAAGGUCAUGUUCAAUCAGAUACUGAGACUCGUUCCCAGAUGACAGAAACUGUUCACACUACUGCUGAAACAGGAUCACAAAUAGAACAUACCAUUUCCUCUACAGCUGAAAGUGGAAUACAGGCUCAAAUAGAAAGACAGUGUUCUACUAAAGAAGUCCGAACUAGAUCCCAGUCAAUCGGAACGCCUUCUUUUGUCUCUUAUACUCGUUCUCAAUCAACUGAGACCAGACAGAUUACAGCAGAUACAGGCAGUCAAGCCACACCAACAAGAAAUACCUCAACACUGACUAGUUCAUUAUCUGUUAAAACAGCUUCCACUGGAACAGAUGGUGGAUCCUUAGCUACAGAGAGCUGUACACAAGCUUCAGAAUCUAAAACUGUUAAAGUUGAUACUGGCUUACAAGCUACUGAUGAGGAGCCUAUACCAGAAUCAUCCCAAGAAUCUUGUCUUCCAGAAGGUCAUAAAGCAUCUCCAGUUUCUUACUCAGCUAUAAAGAAUAACCCUUUGCCUUCCUCAAAUACUUCUUCCAUUUCAACAAAAUCACAGCAACUACCUACCAAAUCAUCCAUUAUACCCCAAACAUCUGUAGUAGAAGCAAUUAUAGAACAUUCCAACAACAAAGACAAAGACUUCCUGACUAAAUCCGUCCAACAACUCAAAGAGGAAAGUCUUCAUACAUCCUCAGAUAAAUCCACAGACCUGAAAGAUGAAUUGAUUCAACAUUCCAAACCAGAAGAGAUUACGACAAAAGAAGCUGAAAAUAUUGAGAUUCCCAUCAAAUCUCUUUCAUCGAACACAAGAGAAGCAUUUCCUGCUAGUGCUGGUCAUCUUAUUGCUCAUCAGUCACAGCCCUCUAUACCUGAUGUUGACAGUCUCACAGCCCAGUCCAAAGAUGUAAAAAUGGAAGAGAAGCCAUAUCAAGAAGAUUCUACAAAAGAAAACAAAACCACAAAAAGAGUAGAAAAUUUGAAGGCUGAUGCCAAACAUGGGAGCAGUGUUGAUUUGGAAACCUGUGCAAAUGAAGUUGAAAGUGAUGUUGCUUCAUCUAAAAUUUUGGGUGAAAAAAAUGAUAAUCCUGUAGCUCCUGUAGAAGGUACAGAAAAAAGUGAAAAUCCUGAAGCUACAGAUAAAGAAAAGGGUUGCCUGGUUCUGUAGCCAAAAGAUGUUGUGAAUCUAAUAGUGCUCAAAUGUUGAUAAAUAUUGACUUUUGAUGUGUGUUAAGAUAUUUCAUGUCAAAACCGGUGAUGAAUUAACUUUAUUAAACUUAGUGUUACUUAAACGUAGUUAGAAUUAUAGUGUUACUUAAACAUUGUUGGAAUUAUGGUGUUACUUAAACAUAGUUUCAUAAUCAUAGUGUUACUUAAACAUACUGUUACUUAAACAUUGAAUUAUAAUGUUACUUAACCAUAGCUGAAAUCAGUUCUGUAAAUAGCUAAAAUUAGCAACUGAAAAAACGUUUGUACUAUUAUUAAUAAUCAAUCAUUUAUUCCUUUGAUGAUAAGUUAUUAUUGGACCCUUCAAUUUAUAAUAGUCAGUAGACAUAUAGAUUUGAAAGUAUCAAAACUCUAAUACUUAUUUCUUUUUGUGUAUGUGUUCAAAUAUCUGCAUUAAUAUAGUGUAGAAUUCAUUUUCUAGUCAGGUUUAAUUACAUCACAAUUUCUAUGCCGUCCCAAAGUAAAAAUUUGAAAUUCAAA